CGCUGGGGCUUCCGCGCCGGCCAGCCCGGCUCGGCGCGCUCGCCUGGGAAACUUCUGCGGGCGCACGGCCGGAGCCUGGCGCAGCAGCGGGAAGGCAAGGAAUCAACAAAACUUUGUGGACUAAAUCUAAAUCAGUAUACCAGAUGAGCUUUAUAAAAAAAAAUCAAGAUUCCUGCUUGUUCAAGAUACAUGCCCACUAGUCCUUUAAUCAAUGUCACCUUGUGUCCAUGGUUUCUGUGAUUCAUGAAGACUGAGCCAAACUCUGAUGAUGGAAAUGCAAAGGACUUGAUUACUUGCCCUGAUGCCAUCUAAGGUCAACUAAAAAGUGAACCAGACAAGUACCAGAACCAUGGAAAGAAAUUCAAGUUUAUGGAAGAACCUCAUAGAUGAGCAUCCAGUCUGCACAGUCUGGAAGCAAGAGGCUGAAGGCGCCAUUUAUCACCUUGCCAGUAUUUUAUUUGUAGUAGGUUUCAUGGGUGGCAGUGGAUUCUUUGGGCUCCUUUAUGUUUUUAGUGUGCUGGGAUUGGGUUUUCUCUGUUCUGCUGUCUGGGCUUGGGUAGAUGUGUGUGCAGCCGACAUAUUUUCCUGGAAUUUUGUACUGUUUGUCAUCUGCUUCAUGCAAUUUGUUCAUAUUGCCUAUCAAGUUCGCAGCAUAACCUUUGCCCGAGAAUUCCAGGUGUUGUACAGCUCCCUUUUCCAGCCCCUGGGGAUCUCUUUGCCUGUCUUCAGAACGAUUGCUUUGAGCUCUGAAGUGGUUACUUUGGAAAAGGAGCACUGUUAUGCCAUGCAGGGGAAAACCUCCAUUGAUAAACUCUCCCUGCUUGUUUCAGGAAGGAUCAGAGUGACAGUUGAUGGCGAGUUUCUGCACUACAUUUUCCCCUUUCAGUUCCUGGAUUCUCCUGAGUGGGAUUCACUGAGGCCCACAGAGGAAGGCAUUUUUCAGGUAACCCUAACAGCUGAAACUGACUGCCGAUAUGUGUCUUGGAGGAGAAAGAAACUGUAUUUGCUCUUUGCUCAGCAUCGUUACAUCUCCCGCCUGUUUUCAGUUUUAAUCGGCAGUGACAUUGCAGAUAAACUCUAUGCCUUGAAUGACAGGGUAUACAUAGGAAAAAGAUAUCACUAUGAUAUUCGGUUACCCAACUUCUAUCAAAUGUCAAGUCCAGAAAGACCCAGAUCGCCGCUGACAGAACAGUUUCGGAAUUCCAGACGAUACUGUGAUAAAUGACAUCAAAGUCUGAAAUUUCCUAUCUAUUUUAAAAAGACUUCGUCAUUCCCCAAAUAAAUUGCAAAAUACAGAAAAUUGAGCUCAAUAAUAUUUUUAUAAAUCAAAUUCAGAGCAACAUGCCAUUGCCAGAUGUUUUACACAUCUCAUAUUCUGCAUUGCAAAUAAAUUUUACAAAUGUUUCUUGUGUGUCUUAUUAUUAUAAUCAGGGAGGGAGAGUUAUAGCUGUGUGCAAUCUGAGAUUCCCCAGCCUCAGCUUCGUCUCCCAUUUGCUCCAUGUGUCGGCUUGCCCUCUUAGCUUAGGCACUGAUUCUUUAGCAGCUGCCAGCAAGUGUUCUGCGAUGACAGCAGGUUGCUGCUGUCCAAAUAAGCAUUUCCAGAACUCACUUGUUUUGUUAUAACCUCUGAUGAAAGCAAGAUGUACUUUUGCGGGGGCAGCAAUUAUUUAUCUUAAAUGUGAAGUUAUUUGAUAUGACUAAAAAUGAAAUAAAUGCAAGAGAU